AUGGCGGCGCUUUCCAAGCCAGUACGUGCGGCGAACGCCCUGCGAGUCAUCAUUGAGUAUGGAAGCGGAUUCCUGAAAGUCGCGGCACAGCAUGCGCUAGCUGGCCAGUCAGUCGACAACAUCGCAAUCAUCGUGAUACCAUUGGAGCCUGGCUUGAAAGAAAUCGAACAAAAGAUUGUGCUAGAUGGCGACCGACUUCUGCAUCUGAAUUGGAUCUUGGAUGCCGUCAAGCGCUACUAUUCCACGAGCCAUCCCUCGGGACUGCGCCAUCAGCAAGACUACUGGGAAGCUAUCGAUAUCGAGUCUAUGAUCACAGUCCCAGCAAAUAGCCGCAUCGAGGCUUGCGGCAUUUGGCGAAACGCUGCGCACAACGCCGGCAUGCCUAACAUCGACAUCAGACUGGAGCCGUUGUGCGCGGCAGCCUCUGAAAUGGAGCAGCUACGCCAGAUGCGCGCAAUGGAACACGGCGACCAGCCAUGCUUCGCCGAUAUUGGGAAGGGAACCUUCGACCUGGCUACCGUGAAACUCAAUCGAGGCGCCACCGAAGGCCUGCGAUCAGAGCUGUCCACAGUCGGACAGGUGGACGGUGCUGAUAUAGGUGCUCAGAUAGUAAAAUGA